GCCUCGCCGGCGGCCCGAGCCCCGCGAGCUCGGCUCCCUGAAGCGCUCCAUUUUUUGGCUCCGCGGUGCGAGCUUCUCUCCUGUGCCCCGACCCGGAGUCACGCUUAGCGUGUUGUCAGUGAGGAACCCAGGCAGCUGUCACCCCAGGAACGCGCGCAGCCCCUCAGGACUCUGCAUCCCUCUCGCGGGGUGUGAGCACCCUCUGAAGCCCACGCCGGGCUUUGGGGUCAGCAGAGCGAUGGGGGAAGACGUCAGCUAGCAGGAGUUAAAUUAGGAUGCGCAGGGCCCACCAUGUUGCACAGGCUGGGCUGGCUGCUGUUCUACAGUCUCAUGGUACUGCUGCUCAGCUGUCUGCUCUUUCUGAAGAAGGAGGUCCCCCUGGCAGGGGACCUCAAGACCCACCAAUCCUUCUGGGAACCCUCUGGGGCUCACCACAGCCAGUACCUACCCAAUCGCACAGUGGCUAACACUUCCCUAUCCCUGCCUGGUCGUCACCGCCUCUUCUUGACUUAUCGCCACUGCCGAAAUUUCUCUAUCCUGCUGGAGCCUUCAGGCUGUGCCAAGGACACCUUCCUGCUCUUGGCCAUCAAAUCUCAACCUGGUCACAUGGAGCAACGUGCAGCUAUCCGCAGCACUUGGGGCCGAGCAGGGAGCUGGGUUAGGGACAGGCAGCUGAAGCUGGUGUUCCUACUCGGAGUGGCAGGGCCCACACCCCCAGCUCAGCUGCUGGCCUAUGAGAGUGGAGAGUUUGAUGAUAUCCUACAGUGGGACUUUGUGGAGGAUUUCUUCAACCUAACCCUUAAGGAGCUGCACUUACAGCGCUGGGUGGCAAGUGCUUGUCCUCAUGCCCACUUCAUGCUUAAGGGAGAUGAUGAUGUCUUUGUCCAUGUCCCCAAUGUGCUAGAGUUCCUGGAUGGCUGGGACCCAGCCCAGGACCUCCUGGUGGGAGAUGUCAUCCACCAGGCCCUGCCCAAUAGGAACACCAGAGUCAAAUACUUCAUCCCACCCUCCAUGUAUAAGGCACACCACUACCCACCCUAUGCUGGGGGUGGAGGCUAUGUCAUGUCCAGAGCCACAAUAAGGCACCUCCAAGCAGCCAUGGAGGGGACUGAGCUCUUUCCUAUUGAUGUCGUCUUUGUGGGCAUGUGCCUGAAGAAGCUGGGGGUACACCCUACACACCAUGCUGGCUUUAAAACAUUUGGAAUACAGCAACCUCUGGACCCUUGCCUAUAUAGAGGGCUCCUAUUGGUACACCGCCUGAAUCCUCUGGAAAUGUGGACCAUGUGGGCACUGGUGACAGACGAGGGGCUCAAGUGUGCAGCUACCCUCAAGCUUCAGCACUGAGGAGUGAGUGGAGCGACAGCCCUAGAGUUGACUCAGUUGAUUCUCAUGAAGACAAACUGAAAACCUCAAAAAUGGAUCCUUGAGGGUCUAAAAGAAAUGCCGAUUUCAUUUUUGUAAACCAUUCCUAUCUUGUUAGCUCUCAUUAAAAAUGCUAAAAUUGGG